AUGCCCGCUGCAUUCGCUCUGAUGACCGAUUCUUACUGCUGCUCCCUUGCCCACACCAUUCUCGCAGAUGCUUUGCUUAUAUUUCUUCGUACUCGCAGCUCGCUGUUUGUAUUAGUAGAUUGUUACAGAGUGGUGACAUUGAAAGCAAUCCUGGUCCUCGCUCCCCAAAAAAAUCCGAGCCUUUCACAAGGUUUUGACGAUCAACCAUCGGUGUCUGAAAUGCUCGCUGAGCUUUUGAACGGGCAGAAAAGAUUAGCUGAGGAUAUCGCCGAAAUUAAAAACUUUCAACAAUCUGUUAAUACACGUUUUGAGACUAUCGAAUCGUGUCUGGCCGCUCUGGAGUCCUCGUCACAUAAGCCUGCCGUCCCAAGCGACAGCCUUAACAGUGAACUCACACGUUUAACAAACGAAAUUCACAACCUUUCAACUAAAAAUGAUGAAUUAGAAAACCGUGCUCGAAGGAACAAUUUAAUCUUACAUGGUCUGCCAGAAUCCUCCGAUGAAGGUAAUGAACGCCUAUCCUCAGACAUUGCGAAAUGGUUUGAGGAUAAACUUAACAUGAGCUGUCCUCAAAUAGAAAGAUGCCAUCGUCUUGGAAGGCCUUCACGUGACCGUCCGCGACCCGUGAUUAUGAAACUUCUGGACUAUCGGGAGAAAGUUUCGGUAUUAAAAAGUGGUCACAAGCUAAAGGAAACCGAUUACCGUAUUUCGGAAGAUUUUUCACUACGUGUCCGGAAUACCCGCAAGAAACUUUGGGAAGCGUCCGAGAGUUUUAGGAACAACGGGUGCACGGUCCGCAUACGGUUUGACCAUAUAUUUAUUGAUAAAGUUCGCUAUAACUGGAACAGCGCUUCUAAUACAUUAGAGAAAGUACAUCGUAAUACAGCACUAAAUAGCGUUGCACCUGCCUCUCCGCCUUGA